AUGCGCUACAUUGCCAAGCCCUCGCUCACGGGAGCGAUGCUGCUGCUGGCCUCGUUGUCCACACAGGGACAGGGUUCCCUGGGCCUGCCCGGUCCCCCUGGGAGAGACGGCAGCAAAGGCAUGCGGGGGGAACCAGGAGAGCCGGGGCUUCCUGGUGAGGUGGGCACGCGGGGAUUCCAAGGACCACCUGGACUCCCCGGGCCUCCUGGACACGUUGGAGCUCCUGGUCUCCAAGGAGAACGCGGUGAAAAGGGAGCCCGAGGAGAAAAGGGGGAGCGAGGCCCGGAUGGAUUCCCCGGGAAGCAUGGGGAGACGGGAGAGCAGGGGAGACCUGGCCUUCCUGGCGUGGCAGGACCCCAGGGAGAGAAGGGUGACGUGGGGCCUGCAGGACCUCCUGGUGUACCGGGCUCCGUGGUGCAGAGAGAGGGCCUGAAGGGCGAGCAGGGAGCUCCGGGACCACGGGGUCACCAGGGCCUACCUGGGCCACCAGGAGCUCCGGGUCUGAUGGGUCCUGGAGGCAAGGACGGACCUCCUGGUUUGCAAGGUCUCCGGGGGAGGAAAGGUGAAGUGGGCCCACCGGGAACCCCUGGAUUGCUGGGGCCACAGGGCCCUCCAGGACCACCUGGCGCCCCAGGCCCCCCUGGACCCGGAGGCCCCCCGGGUUUACCUGGAGAGAUCGGCUUCCCAGGAAAACCUGGGCACCCCGGGCCAACGGGCCCACCUGGAAAGGAUGGGCAGCAUGGAGCACCAGGCCUGCCGGGACCCAAGGGCCAGCCAGGAGAGAGAGGAGAAGGCGGUCUGCCUGGAAAACCUGGCCCUAGGGGAGAAGUUGGGGAGCAGGGCCUGGCGGGCCGACCUGGAGAGAAGGGAGAGGCUGGUCUCCCGGGAGCUCCAGGAUUCCCGGGCGUGAGGGGAGAGAAAGGAGAGCGGGGAGAGAAAGGCACACUGGGCCUCCCAGGACUGAAAGGUGACCCAGGUGAAAAGGGUGAAGCUGGUCCUGCAGGCCCCCCUGGAUUACCCGGAACUACGUCCCUGUUCACACCACACUCAAGGAUGCCAGGAGAACAAGGGCCAAAAGGAGAGAAGGGUGAUCCCGGCGUGCCUGGGGAACCGGGAUCCCAGGGCCAUCCUGGAGAACUGGGGCCUCGGGGACCCACUGGAGCGCCGGGUGCCAAGGGACAAGAAGGCCCACGUGGGGCACCUGGAACAGCUGGAAACCCUGGCAGUCCUGGAACUGCGGGCCCACCUGGUGCCGGCGGCCCCCCAGGAAGUGCGGGCUCCCCUGGCAUCAGAGGGCCCCCUGGGAAAGACGGGGAGCGUGGAGAGAAGGGAGUGGCAGGUGAAGAAGGGAGUCCAGGACCAGCUGGUCCCAGGGGUGAUCCCGGGGCUCCCGGGCUCCCUGGAGCACCUGGAGCACCUGGAGCACCUGGACAGGGAAAGGACGGAGAGCCGGGGCUUCGUGGGCCACCUGGAUUACCUGGACCUCUAGGAAUCAAGGGGGACCGAGGUGCACCUGGGAUCCCUGGCUCUCCUGGCAACCGUGGUGACCCAGGCAUCGGGGUGGAUGGCCCUCCUGGCCCUUCUGGACCACCAGGAGACAAAGGGCCCCCGGGAUCCCGAGGCUUACCUGGAUUCCCUGGCCCCCAGGGACCCGCCGGCCAGGAUGGCGUACCAGGAAAUCCAGGAGAAAGAGGGCCUCCUGGCAAGCCAGGCCCCGCUUCACUACUGUCUCCAGGGGACAUAAAUCUCUUUAAGGACAUAUGCAAUGACUGCCCUCCUGGCCCCCAGGGCCUCCCUGGUCUGCCAGGUUUUAAAGGGGACAAAGGUCUCCCAGGAAAGCCAGGGAGAGAAGGCACAGAAGGGAAAAAGGGAGAUGCUGGGCCCAGGGGCCUCCCAGGGCCUCCAGGAAUAGCCGGACCACAGGGAAGUAAAGGGGAACGUGGUGCAGAUGGUGAAAUUGGACAGAAAGGUGACCAGGGUCAUCCUGGAGUUCCUGGUUUCAUGGGGCCCCCAGGGAACCCUGGGCCACGGGGAGCAGACGGAAUUGCUGGAGCUGCUGGCCCUCCAGGAAUCCAAGGGCCGCCGGGGAAAGAAGGUCCUCCUGGCCCCCAAGGUCCAUCUGGAUUACCCGGAAUCCCAGGAGAAGAAGGGAAAGAGGGCAGAGAUGGAAAACCAGGUCCCCCCGGCGAGCCGGGCAAAAUGGGAGAGCCUGGUCUGCCAGGACUGGAGGGAGCCCGAGGCCCACCUGGAGCCCCCGGGAAGCCCGGAGAGCCAGGAGCCAAAGGAGACAGGGGAGAUCCCGGGAACAAAGGUGACAAAGGACCUCCUGGUGGAAAGGGCCAGCCUGGGGACCCUGGAAUCCCUGGUCACAAAGGCUACACGGGCCUGAUGGGCCCCCAAGGACCUCCCGGGGAGAAUGGACUGGCUGGGCCCCCGGGGCCUCCGGGCCAGCCAGGAUUUCCAGGACUGAGGGGGGAGUCCCCCUCCAUGGACACCCUGCGACGGCUCAUCCAAGAAGAGCUAGAGAAACAGCUGGGAACCAGACUCGCCUACCUCCUGGCCCAGAGGCCCCCAGUGCAUGUGAAGUCAUCUCAAGGCCGACCCGGGCCCCCGGGGCCCCCUGGAAAAGAUGGGCUUCCGGGCCGGGCGGGCCCCAUCGGGGAGCCAGGACAGCCCGGGCAGGGGGGUCUGGAAGGACCCUCUGGACCAGUGGGUCCCAAAGGUGAGCGAGGAGCCAAAGGAGACCCAGGUGCACCUGGCGUUGGCCUCCGAGGCGAGAUGGGCCUGCCCGGCAUCCCAGGUCAACCCGGGGAACCUGGCUAUGCGAAAGACGGGCUCCCCGGGGCUCCCGGCCCUCAAGGGGAGACAGGACCAUCAGGACACCCUGGACCCCCAGGCCCGCCCGGGCCCCCUGGCCAGUGUGACCCCUCCCAGUGUGCCUACUUCGCCAGCCUCGCUGUCCAGCCCGCUAACGUGAAGGGCCCCUAGAAGAUUCCGGAAUACCAAGAGGCGGCAGUGGAUUUCUGAAACUUGAACUCAGAGCCUGAUAAGAAGCCAGAGGUCUUGAAACAUUACAGCCACAUGUUUUUUUUUUUCUUUUAUCAUUUGUUUUUGUCUUAUUUUCUUGAGAGACCUCAACAUUAUUAAAACCAACAGAUGCUGCCGGUCGGUCAGAUUAUUAUUAAUAUUAUUAUUAUUGUUUAUUAUUAUUAUUAUUAUUAUUUCAUAUGAUAAUGCUCCACGAGUUUUCCCCUCUCCUCUGAGGCUGGGAGAACAUGACCGUGGGGCAGUGGGUUGUUUCUCGGUUUUUCUCACGGCGCCCAUGUGACGUGGAGCUGCCCAUUUUAAGGAAACUCUUGGUGCUAUGAAAUCCUGACCAGAAGACACUUGCCAAAUUUACCUCUUUCCUCAAAAGGAAACUGAAAACAUGAGGCAAUGGGUUUCUAUUCUCGGUCAUGCCCGGGUUGCCACUUCCCAGGAGAGACACGUGAAGCAGGAAGCGAAGGAAUGUGCAGACAUGAAGAAUGUCCUCGCUGCCUGAUGGAAAGUGCACACGGGGAACCCAGAAUCGGUCCUCGGGGAGCAGACUCAGCCACCUCACUGCUUCAGGCUCUCGGAUGCAAAAUCAUGGCACUCGAGCCAGUGAGGCUUCAUGGCAUCCUGUGUCCAGCCAAAGACAGAAGCUGGUAUGGAGGAAGCAUGUUAAUCCGGCUUCUGAGCCAUGGAUGGGACUCCUUCAAGCUCCUCACAGUUGGUCUCCCUUUAAUUGUGAAAUAAAGAGGUCCGGUGACCACUGCCGUGUCUUCCUGAUGCUGGGCAGUUGGUCAGGGUACUGGCCGGAGCUGGGACAUCUGUGCUUCCAGGGCUCUGCCUUGGAAAUAAAGUGCGUUGAGUGUAUGUGUGUACCUGAUACGCUCGCACAAACAGGUGCUCAAUAAAUCCGAGUUUCCUCCUCAGUUCGCA